AUCUUCUUUUGAUCUUCUUAGGUGACACCGACCCCAAAUAGAGAACCCAUGGAGAGGAACAGCUUUAAUGACAAGAGUGUUUGUAGUAAAGCCAUCAGAUCCUGCAACAACAACCAAAACAACAUCAACGAGCCUAUGGAUUCAUGGAUCUGCAACAACCGGAGCGAUGAAGAUGAUGAUUAUCUUGGUGGAUUUUCAUGGCCGCCAAGAUCCUACACCUGUAGCUUCUGUAAGAGGGAAUUUAAAUCUGCUCAAGCUCUUGGAGGUCACAUGAAUGUUCAUAGGAGAGAUAGAGCCAGACUUAGACAAUCACCUUCUGAGGAUGGUCAGUACACUUUUCUUAACCUUAAUCUUAUCCCUAACCCUAAUUCAUCCUCCUCUUCCUUGCGUUGUCCUCCAUUUACUCGCACAUUGCCUUCCUUGGUUUCCCCUCCUCUUUCUUCUUUAUCAUCAGUUGCACCUACUGGAAGGGCAUGGUUCAUGGAUGGUUCACUCAAGGCUGAUCCUCUGGGGCCAGAAGGCUCAGAUUUAACAAAGACGAAAACUGCAAAAUCCUUUUUUGAGGUCAAAGAACUUCAUGGUUUCAUACAAGAUGGCUGCGAUGUUCUAAAAAAGGGUGAGAUUGUUAGGUUGGACUUAGAAAUUGGCCUGCUUACUGAUUCAAAGGAAGAUCUGGAUUUAGAGCUCCGAUUGGGUUACUAG